AUGCGGCUGUGGAGGAAUUCGCCGAAGCUCGGAGGAGAAGGCUCAACCCAAAGUGGAACAAAUGUGAUUCACAGCGACGAAACCAGACACAAAAGCGGACGAUAUGACGAUUUAUUUGGACGCAUAUCUCUGGAAGAAGGCACGACCCCUUCGGAUUGGUUAUAUGACCCAUUCAACAAUCAAGAGCUACGCUCUUCAAGCUCUACGAGUCGAGGAUUUGGAGGGUCCCCUUCAGUGGUCAGAAGACUAAGCAUGACUAAUAAGGAAGAGACGACAACUGUGAACAACGAUGCAUCAGCGUCCAGCAACAUUACAAUCGAGUCGUCCAUACCUUCGAUUCAAGACCGGAAGCGAGAUAAGGAUGUUGUUGUUGAGCCUGGACACAUUUUGGCUGGUCAAACCUCCAUGUUGUCACGACCGCGUGCUCGAUCUGUUGGUCUACGUAAAGGGUCAUCUCCAGAUCCCCCAGCUCUGUCUCCUGGCGAUUCAACACCAGGCUCCAAGCCAUCCGCCAUUCCGAAGCCUCCAAAAAACAUGCGGACCAGGGUUGUACGACCUGGCGUAUCCCUGAUUCCUUCGCUGUCGCGAAUUCCCCGAUUGACUCGACGAGAUUUGCCUACGGCUUCUCGAGAGGGUCCGGUUCGGGAGGAAAAGAAAUCAAGUGCAUCAAAGCCUUCAUCAGCGGAGGCCACGCAGAGAAGUUACAAAUAUCUGCCGGGGAGGUCAGUGCAGACUUCAACUUCCAGCGCGAUCUAUGGCGAUGAGUCGAGGUCCCAUCAAAGGACGUCCGAUCCAAGAUCUACGGAAACAUUGUUACGAGAAAUCCAACCUUUCUCGACUGAUCCAGCUUCGUGCCCUCCUAUGACACGUCAGAGGCCGUCGAAGUCAUCACCACCUGAUUUAAAUCGCCAGGUUUCAACGAUCAAGCACAUUCGCCAACCUGAGAAGUUCAGCAACAAUCAUCCUACAACAACGCCAGAGAUUAUCAGCGACAACCAACGAACAGCAUCGUCUGAGGGGCUUCAUACCUCAUACAUUCCAACCAGUCCUCCAGCACUGCAUAGUAACGAUUUCUUAUUUGAAUAUGCUGAAGACUAUGCAUCCAUGGGGGAAGAUUCAGCGUCAACCUGGCUAUUUUCACCAUCCCUUAGCGCUUUGCCUUCUCCUGAGACGUCACCUUCUCGCACGCCUCCUUCCUGUUAUGGCGAUCAGAGUUCGUUUUUGGAGACCAACAUGUGGAGCAGCAUACCCACCUCACAUAAACCAAGGGGAGCAGAACCAGAAAAUUCGACCGAACAGGAAUGCCUUCAACUAGAUGCAGGCCGUCUGCCAUCUGGAGACAGGGUGCUCAGGAAGCCUGCCGAUGAUCAAUCCGGUAUUCCUGAUGCCAUUGAGACUGAUGCUGGGGCUGAGCAUAAGGCGGGUAUACAAUCUGCUCCCUUGGGAAAGAUGUUAUCGUGUGAUGUGUACAAGACACGUCAAUCUGGAGAGCUGGUUGCAUCAGAGUUGAGACAUUUGGUUUUGCCUUCACGAGACCGUUCAAGCAUCAGAAGAACCAGAGGUAGCAGCUGCAGUGCAUGGUCAAUUGGUGAGCUGACAGAUGAGGAGAGGUUGCUGCUUCAACUCAUGGCAUUGCAGAGGCGCAGCAGCGAGUUUGAUACGAGAAUGGCCAACAUGAGGGAACAAAGUGGACAAGCAGAGCACAGUGGGAAUCGAGGGAGUCACUCUGUUUCCUUAUCCCAAGCUGAGUACGAAAUAGAUGAGGCACCACAAAGCGAAGAUGGUCUUCAUCAUGUUGACAAUACAACUCAACGAACAACUAUUGCAGACUCACUAGAUCCUUCAUCACUUCCGCCACACUCUCGAUCCACUCCCCCUCCACCUCCCCCUCUUCCUUCUUCUUUACCUCCUCUUCCUCCUCCUCCUCCUCCUCCUCCUCCUCCUCCUCCUCCUCCUCCUCCUCCUCCUCCUCCUCCUCCUCCUCCUCCUUCUCCUCCUCCUCCUCCUCCUCCUCCUCCUCCUCCUCCUCCUCCUCCUCCUCCUCCUCCUCCUCCUCCUCCUCCUCCUCCUCCUCCUCUUUGCAGUGAUUAUUCAGAGAUCAUUCAGCCAGGCGACAAACAACCCUUUGAUGACUCGCUGGCCGAUGAUGGCCAGCUACAUCUGGUGUCAGCUGGUGGUGCCAGAAGAAGUGAGACUGGGAAACUCCAUGAGCCAACGUCGCUUUCCACAUUAUUUGAUGCUGCAUCAGACUGCACAAGAGGUGAUGAGAUGACUUGCGAUUCUCCUUUGCGGCUUGCAACAGUUCACGAAGCAGAGUUUUCAAAUCAAAAUGAAGCUGCAUGUCUAGCUGACAUGGUACUCAAUGAUGUCGAUGCACCCAAAACCCCCUGCAUGGAUGACAAAAGCACUGCUGAUGGCUUGCUAGCAAGUCAAGCUGAAGAUUUAUAUGAGAAUUAUGCUGAUCCGUUACGAUCCCGUGAAAGCAAGGAUGUUCACGAGAACUCCAUUGAUGAUAUGCUAACUCGUCCAACUGAGACCCGGGAUCUGAGUGUAAGUGCUGUGUUACAACAUGAAUGUGACGACUUUUAUCAACAGCCAGCAUUUACGGUUACGGGGUGCCAAACAUUUGAUGCAGAAGAAGACGGCAUAGAAGAGAACGGGCAACUACAUUCUCCUGUACAUGCGAUUGCGGGCUCAGAUUCAGAGCUAUUUCCAUCACUGUCAAAAACGGCAGACAUUGUGAAGCCGAUUGAAAAGUCUAAUGAAAGCGAUACUGCUUUUCCUGAAUCCGGGCAGCUCCUUGAGGCUCUUCUGCAGAAUUCCACAGCGAAGCUGACUACGGAGGAUCACAAUAACGAUGUGUUGAAGAAUCACUUUGGUGAUCAACAGCUUCGUAAGCCAGCUGGAGAGUCAGUGCAGCUCGCAAUGUCAAUGAUGUCAACUGAUUCAGAACCAGAAUGCCCGGGUACAAGUGUUUCUCCGUGGGUUCAGUACACAACCAGCAAGGAUGUGGAACCAAGUGGGCUGGUUUCGGGUUACAAUGCCCGUACAGAAAAAUCGUUGACAAACGAAGCUGAUGGUCCCGAGAAUAAUUCUACAAGUGGCUUGCCCGCCAGUAAAAAUGAAGGUCUCCAUAAGCCAAAGUCAGAAGUCAUGGCUGACCACAUGAUCGGCACAAAUGAAGAUGUCAUACAAGGAAAUUCAAAUCUGUCCGAGACUUCUGUGGAGACCGAUGACAUUGUUGAAGUUCGUGGCACCAAACCAAGUGAUUGUUUGGGUUUGGAGGGGCAUCAUCUGGAUGAGCUGAAUGAGAGCGCUUGUCGAGAUGUUUAUACUAAACGGUUGAAGACCUCUGUGAUCUCAAGAAACAAUGCCUGUGGAGGUUCCCUUCAGCCCACUUGCCGCAUGUCACUUGAUGAGUGGCUAGGAUCGGGAUCUCGUUCAGAUAUUAAGGAACUUGUCGAGGGCCAGCAUCUGGAGCAGCAAUCUGUGCCCCUCGCUGGGAAAUCGGGUACCGAUCAAGAUAAACUCAUUGAUGUUCCCAGAUCCCCAUAUGCUGAGUCAGCAAUUCCAGGUUUAUGUGUAUCGAGGCCUCAAACUGUCAACAGCAAUGAUAGCUCAUCUCAGAAUCAGGUUCCCGUGAAGUCGGAUGGUACAAACGUGGAAGAAAUCCGUGUGGAGGCCCUUGAAUCACCAUCUAUGCCAGAAGUGGUGGCAUCAGCAGUGCCCCUGGACUUGCCAUGCCACAAAUCAGCUACUACACAGUUGCUGGUGGACG